UAUUAUCCAGAAAACUAAAUAAAACACAUUUUUAAUUUCAAUUUUGAACAAAAAUGAGUUCUCGCGUAGCUGAAGCAAAUCACACGGAGAAGGAAGAGUCGCUGAGACUGGCGAUCGCUGUUUCUCUGCUACGAUCUAAGAUCCAGAAUCAUCAAUCUUCUUCUUCUACUUCCCGUUGUGAUGUUCCUUCUGAAUCUGAUGCUCUUCGCUGGAAGCAGAAGGCUAAAGAGAGGAAGAAAGAGAUUAUCAGACUCCAGGAAGAUCUCAAGGAAGCUGAAAGUGCUUUUCAUCGUGAUUUAUUCCCAGCGAAUGCUUCUUGCAAGUGUUAUUUCUUUGAUAACUUGGGAGUAUUCAGCGGUAGGAGGAUUGGAGAGGCCUCUGAAUCGAGAUUUAAUGAUGUUCUUCGUCGUAGAUUUCUCAGACUAGCGAGGAAAAGGAGCAGAAGGAAGUCAACUCGAUCAUCGCAAAGAUUUCAGUCCUCUGAACCGGAAUAUGAAGAGGAAGCAGAACAUCUUAGGAUAUCUAUAGAUUUUCUCCUGCAACUGUCCGAAGCAGACUCCAAUGCCUCUAAUUUCAGCAAUUGGUCACAUCAGGCUGUAGAUUUCAUAUUAGCUUCACUGAAGAAGCUGAUAUCGAUGGGAAGGAACUUAGAAUCUGUUGAAGAAUCUAUCAGCUUCAUGAUUACACAGUUGAUCACAAAAAUGUGCACUCCCUCUAAAGGAAAUGAGGUGAAACAACUAGAAACAAGUGUUGGGUUUUAUGUCCAACAUUUGAUCCGUAAACUUGGAAGUGAACCAUACAUUGGACAGCGUGCAAUAUUUGCUAUUUCUCAGAGAAUAUCCAUUUUAGCCGAAAAUUUACUGUUUAUGGAUCCAUUUGAUGAAUCAUUCUCAGUGAUGGAUGAGUGCAUGUUUCUACUGAUACAGCUAAUUGAGUUCCUGAUAUGUGACUAUUUGUUGCCCUGGGUAGAGAAUAUAGCAUUUGAAAAUGUUGUGUUUGAGGAGUGGAUAGCAUCAGUAGUCAAUGCAAGGAAAGCAGUAACGGCCUUGGAAGAAAGAAAUGGGUUGUAUCUUCUUUACAUGGACCGAGUCACAGGGGAAUUAGCUAAACGAGUUGGUCAGGUCACAUCUUUCCGGGAGGUGGAGCCAGCCAUUUUGGAAAAAAUCUUAGCCUACCAAGAAAUAGAAUGAUAUCUUUCCAGGUCAUGGCGAUGACGAAGCUGGUGCGACAAGGAAGCUUGGAGUCUUCAUAAGGAGAAGGGCAAGAAGAUUCAGAGGACAUCGCCCCACAUCUGCUUCUACAACACUUUUGUCAGGCUCCUUUCAUAUGACUGCUUGCCUUGCCACCUCUUUCCUGCUUUCUCUUCUUAUCUAGGUUUCAUCUACUGUCAAAAGUGGUUUUUCUUUUUUUACUUUCCUUACAAGUAAUGAUGUAGUACAUAGUAACACUUCUUUGUAAUGCGUUUAUAUAAGUUGAGUUCUACAUAAGCAUU